AUGAUUUACAACGAAGGGAAUAGUGUCCAUCUACCCAAGCUUGACCUUCUGACGCUCCUAUUCGACUCGGAGCAUACUCAGGCCCAAGAAGACUCUCCUCUACACGGCGAAGCCAAGAACCCCGAGUACAUACUCACCAAGGCCCGUUUGCGUCAGUUGACGUGCCAAUUCGCGGCCUUUCUGCGCGACCAGUACGGCAUCGGCGCCUCAGGACCUGGCAAGGAUGUUGUCGUGACCGUGUCGACGGGCCAGAGUGCCCUGGCCAGCAUAUUCUACGGCGUCAUCGCCGCCGACGGCGUGUACUCUGCUGCUUCAUACUCGGGUACGCCCAAGGACCUGGCCAGGCAGAUUCGCGACGGACCGAGCAAGCUGCUCAUCUGCAGCAAGGGUCUCACCAAGCUGGCUACCGAGGCGGCUACCGACGCUGGCCUGGCCCUGUCAAAUGUGCUCAUCCUCGAGAGCUUUCCCGAGGUGAGGCUGUACAGUCUCGACGGCAGCGUCGAGUGCCGGUUCGACAGGGAGCUUGCCUGGCGUAAGAUCACCGACGCGACCGAGCUUGAGAAGAGCAAGAUCUGUCUGCUGUACUCGUCCGGCACGACGGGUCUGCCCAAGGGCGUGCUUAUCUCGCACACAAACGUUGUGGCCGAGGCCAUGACCCCUGCCCUGCUGGCUCGACCGUUCUGGGCUAGAGAGGCGGACGAAGGGCGGCCGUACAGCGAGCGACGAACCCUGGCUCACCUGCCCGCCGCGCACAUUGCCGGCGUGAUGGGCUACUUCGUCCUCCCCAUCCUCGAGGGCGGAAUCGUCUACUGGAUGGACAGCUUCAACUUUGACGAGUUCCUCCGGCACUGCGGCGACCUGCGCGUGACAAACAUCUUUAGCGUCCCGCCCAUUUGGAUGGCCAUUGCCAAACACCCGGGCGUCAAGGACCAGUUCAAGCACCUGCGCAUAGGCUUCAGCGGAGCCGCGGCCCUGCCGGCAGAUAUUCAGGAGGCGGCGAGCAAGAGGUUGGGCGUCGGGAUGGAACACCUCCUCAAGCAGACCUGGGGCAUGAGCGAGACGACCGGUGCGGCUACGUAUUCACCGCCCGGGAAGCCGGUCAAGAUGGGCAGCCUGGGACCGCUGCUGCCGAAUAUUUUGAUGAGGCUGGUGGACGAUGAUGAGAACGAUGUAAAGCCUGGCGAGCCUGGCGAGGCCCUCCUCAAGGGACCCAUUAUCAUGCAAGGAUACCACAACAACGACAAGGCAAACCAGGAGACCUUUACCGAGGACGGGUGGAUGCGCACAGGUGACAUUCUCCGCGUAGAAGACGGCGAGCUGUUUGUUGUCGACAGGAAGAAGGAACUCAUAAAGUACAAGGGCCUCCAGGUCGCCCCCGCCGAGCUCGAGGGCCUGAUCUCGUCGCACCCUGCUGUCGUCGACGCCGCCGUCAUCGGCCUGGUCCGUGACAACAACGAGGUCCCCCGCGCUUACGUUGUCUUAGCACCCCACGCGAGGGGCAAGGUGGGCGAGGCAGAUAUCAUCGACUUCGUCGACUCCAAGGUCUCCAACUACAAGAGGCUGAGGGGCGGAGUCAAGUUUGUCGAGGCAGUGCCGAGGAGUCCGUCCGGUAAGAUUCUGAGGAGGGAUCUUCGAGAGAUGCAGAAGCGGGAGAGCAGGCAAGCCAAGCUGUGA